AUGACUUGCUCGGCGUCAGACAGCGAGAAGAUUGUGAUAAACUGCGGCGGAAUCCGACACGAGACCUACCGGAGCACUUUAAAGACCCUGCCCGGCACGCGCCUGUCCUGGCUCACCGAGCCUGACGCCUACAGCAACUUCGACUACGACCCGAAGUCGGACGAAUUCUUCUUCGACCGCCACCCGGCCACCUUCGCCUUCAUCCUCAAUUACUACCGCACCGGGAAGCUGCACUGCCCCAAUGAUGUCUGCGGGCCGCUGUUCGAGGAGGAGCUCGCCUUCUGGGGCAUUGAUGAGACUGACGUGGAGGCGUGCUGCUGGAUGAACUACAGGCAGCACCGCGACGCAGAGGAAGCCCUGGACAGCUUCGAGACUCCUGAGCCAGACGUACCGGAGGAUGAUCCGGCGCUCACCGGCGGGGUGGACGGAGACCUCAAGCGGCUGUGCAUGCAGGAGGACGGCCGCAAAGCGACUUGGUGGGAAGUAUGGCAGCCCAGGAUGUGGGCGCUGUUCGAGGACCCUUACUCUUCCAAAUACGCCCGGUACGUGGCCUUUGCUUCGCUGUUCUUCAUCCUUCUCUCUAUCUCCACCUUCUGCUUGGAGACCCACGAGGCUUUCAACACCAUCUACAACAAGACGGAGAACGUCACCGUUGGCAACGUAACACGUGAGGAGAUUGUUUAUGAAGUUGUCACCGACGGCUGGCUGACAUAUGUGGAAGGUGUCUGUGUCAUCUGGUUCACUAUUGAGGUGAUGGCCCGUGUCAUCUUUUGCCCCGACAAGGCAGAAUUCUUCCGUAGCGCCCUUAACAUCAUAGACUUUGUGGCUAUUGUUCCCUUUUACCUGGAGGUUGCACUCAGUGGCCUCUCCUCUAAAACAGCCAAAGAUGUGUUGAGCUUCCUACGUGUGGUACGCUUUGUCCGUAUCCUGCGUAUAUUCAAGCUAACCCGCCAUUUUGUCGGUUUACGGGUCUUGGGACACACUUUGCGAGCGAGUACCAAUGAGUUCUUGUUGCUAAUCAUUUUCCUGGCGUUAGGUGUUCUCAUAUUUGCUACUAUGAUCUACUAUGCGGAACGUAUCGGAGCUGACCCAGAUGACCCGACUGGCGCUAACCACACCACCUUUAAGAACAUUCCUAUUGGCUUCUGGUGGGCUGUGGUGACCAUGACCACUCUUGGUUACGGAGACAUGUACCCUGAAACAUGGUCUGGAAUGUUAGUGGGUGCUCUAUGUGCCUUGGCGGGUGUGCUCACCAUCGCUAUGCCUGUGCCUGUCAUUGUCAACAACUUUGGGAUGUACUACUCACUGGCCAUGGCCAAGCAGAAGCUUCCAAAGAAGAGGAACAAGCACAUCCCAAGAGCACCACAGCCGGGAAGUCCCAAUUACUGCAAGCCAGAUGCGUUAGCAAUGGCAACUGCUUCUCCACAUAGAUUAAUGGGCAAUGUGCUCGGGCCAGGCAUGGUGGAAUCUGGCAGCAUGAUGGGUGCAGGAGACUGCCCACUGGCACAAGAAGAGAUCAUUGAAAUAAACAGGGCAGACUCUAAGCAGAAUGGCGACGCAGCCACUAAUGCAGCAGCUCUGGCCAAUGAGGACUGUCCUACCAUAGACCAGGUUCUUGGGGACGAGCGCAGUCCGGUCACCGGAGGACUUGGCUCCAACACCAGCCGUGAACGAUACCCACACGACCGUGCCUGUUUUCUUCUGAGUGCUGGGGAGUUUCAGCGAACCACCGAUGGGAAUGUUCGGAAAGUGCUGAGCUUCUAACUCCGCCUCCGCCUCCUCAUCAUGGAGAGGAAAACAGUCAAUCUCUCCAGCUCUGUUGUUCCACUUUCCCCCCUCAUAUGUCUCCAUGUAGAAACUGAAAGAAAAGCUCAAAGAAGAGAAAGGAGUUCGCUUUUGUUCUCAAACAGAAAGAAAACCCAACAUUUUUAAGGUAUGAGACCUUUAAUCUCUUUCCAAGCAGACGUUGAAGCAAAGCACAGAAGAAGCUUCACAGUUUCACGUCUCUACGGAUCAUCAACCAGGAAGUCAACGUUUCCACAGUUUUGUAGCAUUAUUGCUUUAAUGACGACGUGUUUGAUUUGAAGUAAACCCCACCAGUGUGUUUUAGUUCCUUUAACUGUUGAAUCUGUAUGAACGCAGACGGAUUACAGGUACUGCUUCUUGCAAAGCUUCCUGCACUCAGCUAAAGGACCCAUAGGAGAGCACUGAAGGGUAGCAGCUGGAAGAAGAUGAAAGCAAUCUCCUCAGCCUUUGCUGGUUUCCUGUAAAAUAAAAAAAAAGUCACAAUCUCUUCCAUUUUUCUCCAAUUUCCAACCAAAGAAAGACGCUUGGAUGAACAUAUGAGAUGGAACAAGCAGGAACUCACAUUUCCACGGCUAGCUGAAAGGUCUUUCCCGGAUGUUCCUCCAUGUUUCCCGCACCUCCUCCGCUCCCUCUCUCAGCGCUGAAACUGCUCCGCCUCUCUAGCAAAUGUUGCAUGGCAUGAAUUAUAACAACUGAAUCCAGAAAAACGCAAUCAGAAGGAUGAAUAAAAAUGAGAUGUCAUGGAGGGAUUAAAUCUAUUUUUUUCUACUAAGUACCUUUAGAAAAAGAUGCAUCAUUUGCCUUGAACCCCUUUGACUUGCUGGUGAAAAAAGAAGAUAUUGUACAGGAAACAGCACUUUCUGGAGACGUAAUGAAUGAAGACACGCGUCCUUUAAGUGAGCGAAGAGGAAGAGACGCCCUGCAGAACCGUUCUCCUCCAGGACGUGGAAGACGACAGAACAGCAGGUCAUCAGCAAUACUAGGAGAACAUCUAUGCUAUGCUUCUCUAGGGACAGACAUGACAAUGACGAACAGGCAUUGUUUACCAGCAUGAAUACUUUGCAUGACUUCUGCAAGCCACUCUGAUCUCUCCUUAUUAAUAACAGUUUGAAAUAUUCAAAUGUGUUUACUUUGUGUUUAAAAACCACAGACUGUCUUUUUUAUUUAAUAAGAUCUCGACGCUUAAAAAAUGAUGACAAACCAGGAGAGCGCUUCAUCGUAAGAAGGAGACCCUUUCUUUCAAAAAAGAACAAUGCAAACAUUUAUUGUGGUCGUACUGGACCGUCGUUCUGUUGCUACCACUACUUCCAACAUGGCUGCUUUCCUCUUCCUCCUUUCUUUCUUCUUCUUCUUGUAGCCUUUUUCAACACCUUGGACUAUCCGAUGGCAGCUGUGUGUCUGUGCCAGUAACAGGCGAGCCUACCCGAUCAGACUAAACUGUGCUUCCACUGAUCGCUCGAGUGUCUGCGCUCCCUUUAUCCUAAUCUUCCUUUUUUUUGUUGUUUUCUCAUCGUUUGGCUUCUGAUUUCCUUUGGUUUGACUCUACAACGUCUCGGAAAUCAGCUAAAAUAACUCAAAUACCAUAAUAAAGCUGAUUUCUGGUGACAUGAAGUGAUAGAAAGGCCCUGAUGGGAAACAAACACACUAAUCU